AUGCAGUCACUUACGGACUCUCCCAACCUCUCCAUCAUCGGUAGCAGUACUAGUUCAUCCAACAGGAUAAGUCCGACCAACAACGACUCAUUGAACCAGCCAGAAGGAACAGGCAUACAAUGGAACCGUCUCUUGAUAUCUCCCCAGGAUCUUGGACGAUUGGACUACUUUUCCGACUCUUGGCUGAUGAAUCGAGAGAGCUUUCUCCAAAUUAAUGUUGACACUAUUGAGACGGUCGAAGAUGCUUGUUUCCAGGUGAUUGACGACGAAACUGUUUCAAUGCAGCACCAAGAAGACGCGAAAGACAGUAAUGGCCGACAACAACAACAACAACAGCAGCACCAGACUACUCGAAACAAAAUGUUUGUGGAUUGGACCAACUUUUCCGUCGAGCACUUGAGUAAAUGGUGGAAGAAUCUUCAGGCCUUGUCGCAUUCCAACCCGGGCAUGGCGGAUCAAGUGGUGCGCAUUCUAAAGACGUAUCUGCACAAGGUCCGAUACAAUACUGCCAAGAUCAAGCCAGCCAAUCAACAAAAAGUAGCUAUUGGCAUGAUUGCCUUUCAGUCCUACGAAAGUCCACCAUCUGUUGGAUUGGAGCGUGGGCAUCAACUCACAGCGCAUUCCUUGGCAGCUACCAUUGGUUCCUUACUUCAGGUAGGAAUGUUUGGCCACAUUGUGGUGGGAGGGUACAAGCAUCCAUCUGAUUCCGAUCGUGUAAAGGAAGCUUUUACUAUAUUGGAGGGUAUCUUUUUGGACAACGAUUCUGGUGGCAACAGUCAUUUUAAAAAUCCGCUGUCCUUGGCAAUCGGAGACACUCAAGUGGCCUAUGUCCAACUCGAAGAGUCUUGGGUCCAAACCAAGCGAGUUACUGCCAAUAUACCGAGAGGUGUCUUGUUGGGUAUGCAAAAGGCACUCCAGAAUGAAUUCCCUCCACAAGAACAAGCCAAGUGGAUUGGUUCUUCAACGGCACGUCAAUGGCAGUACUUUUACUUGACCGAACCCGAUUCCAUUCUCAACACCAAACCCAAGAUUUUGCCUCUCUUGCGUAGUGGAUUGGAUCAGGGAUGGAUCUUUUUUCCUCACCGGUGGCAACCCAUUCCCCAUCAAGCGGACCUUCCGAAUCAUCAUGAUUCUUUUCUCAGUCCAAGCCGGUACAUUCCAAACACGGUAGCACCCUUUUCCAAUGUCACCAACAUUCAAAGUCCGUGGAAUGAUAAUAAUAAUAGUGAUCAUAUAGAGACGAGUGAUGACGUCGUGUUACAUUGUUGCGAUGAUGGCAUGGACAAGCCAGGUCGGACGGAAGCCUUUGGUACCAAAAUGAAACCGUGUGGAAAGUGGUGGUGGGCCUGCGGAUUUUCUUCGUUGAACCAACCUGGAGCGGCCUUGAUGCCAAACGAAGUAUUGGAACUGCACAAACGGCUGAUUCCCUAUCCCAUGAUGCGUCUACAAGGUGGAACCUCUUUCAUCGUGGCGGCAUCAGAAAUGGGUCGCCGAUGCUUGCCAUCGAAAAGACCAUGUGCAGUCUAA